ACGGUGAAAGUGGAAUGGAAGCUUUCAAAGAUAUGGCGGCCAAGGAAGGGAUCUGCAUUGCACAUUCCUACAAGAUCUAUAGCAAUGCUGGUGAACAGAGCUUUGACAAGCUGCUGCGAAAACUUCGGAGCCACCUGCCCAAGGCACGAGUGGUUGCUUGCUUCUGUGAAGGCAUGACUGUGAGAGGUCUCUUAAUGGCUAUGAGGCGCCUGGGACUCGCUGGAGAAUUUUUGCUGCUGGGCAGCGAUGGCUGGGCAGACAGGUACGAUGUGACAGACGGGUAUCAGCGUGAAGCUGUCGGUGGAAUAACGAUCAAGCUCCAGUCUCCUGACGUGAAAUGGUUUGAUGAUUACUACCUACAGCUUCGGCCAGAAACCAAUCACCGAAAUCCAUGGUUUCAGGAAUUUUGGCAGCACAGAUUCCAGUGUCGGUUGGAAGGGUUUCCUCAAGAGAACCCUAAAUACAACAAGACCUGCACAAGCCAGAUGACCCUGAGGACGCAGCAUGUUCAGGACUCCAAGAUGGGCUUUGUGAUCAAUGCAAUAUACUCGAUGGCAUACGGCCUCCACAACAUGCAGAUGUCACUGUGCCCAGGCUACGUGGGCCUCUGUGAUGCCAUGAAGCCCAUAGAUGGUCGGAAGCUCCUGGAAUCCCUCAUGAAGACAAACUUUACUGGGGUCUCUGGGGACAUGAUCUUGUUUGAUGAGAACGGUGACUCGCCAGGAAGAUAUGAAAUCAUGAAUUUUAAGAAAAUGGGGAAGGACUACUUUGACUAUAUCAAUGUUGGCAGCUGGGACAAUGGUGAGCUGAAAAUGGACGAUGAUGAAAUAUGGUCAGAGAAAAAUAAUAUCAUCAGAUCUGUGUGCAGUGAACCCUGUGAAAAAGGCCAGAUAAAGGUGAUCCGUAAAGGAGAAGUGAGUUGCUGUUGGACCUGCACUCCUUGUAAAGAGAACGAAUACGUAUUUGAUGAAUACACAUGCAAAGCCUGCCAGCUCGGCUCCUGGCCCAACGACGACCUCACAGGUUGUGACCUCAUCCCAGUCCAGUAUCUCAGAUGGGGUGAUCCUGAACCAAUUGCAGCAGUUGUUUUUGCAUGUCUGGGCCUGCUGGCCACCUUGUUUGUUACAGCUAUAUUCAUAAUGUACCGUGAUACUCCAGUGGUCAAAUCAUCCAGCCGAGAACUUUGCUACAUCAUUCUAGCUGGCAUCUGCUUGGGUUACUUGUGUACUUUCUGUCUCAUCGCAAAACCUCAACAGAUUUACUGUUAUCUUCAACGAAUUGGCAUCGGCCUCUCCCCAGCUAUGAGUUAUUCUGCUCUAGUAACUAAAACCAACCGCAUUGCAAGAAUCCUGGCUGGAAGCAAGAAGAAGAUUUGUACAAAGAAACCCAGGUUCAUGAGUGCCUGUGCCCAACUGGUUAUUGCAUUUAUCCUGAUAUGUAUACAAUUAGGCAUAAUUGUUGCUCUCUUUAUAAUGGAGCCACCAGAUAUAAUGCAUGAUUAUCCAAGCAUCCGAGAGGUCUACCUGAUUUGUAACACCACCAACUUGGGUGUUGUAACUCCCCUUGGAUAUAAUGGAUUAUUAAUUUUGAGUUGCACCUUUUAUGCAUUUAAGACAAGAAAUGUCCCAGCUAAUUUCAAUGAAGCAAAGUAUAUCGCCUUUACAAUGUAUACCACCUGCAUCAUUUGGCUGGCUUUUGUGCCAAUAUAUUUUGGAAGCAACUACAAGAUAAUCACCAUGUGUUUCUCAGUAAGUCUGAGUGCCACGGUGGCACUCGGCUGCAUGUUUGUGCCCAAGGUCUAUAUCAUCCUUGCUAAGCCUGAAAGAAACGUACGCAGUGCAUUUACCACAUCAACCGUAGUCCGCAUGCACGUAGGGGAUGGAAAGUCAUCUUCAGCCGCAAGCCGCUCGAGCAGCCUGGUGAACCUAUGGAAAAGAAGGGGAUCGUCUGGUGAAACCCUUAGCUCUAAUGGGAAAUCGGUUUCCUGGGCCCAGAAUGAGAAAAGCAGCCGAGGAGCACACCUUUGGCAGCGGUUGUCGAUCCACAUCAACAAAAAAGAGAACCCAAAUCAAACCGCAGUCAUCAAGCCUUUUUCUAAAAGCACAGAUAGUAGCCGACAUAGUAGCAGCGCUACAUUUCCAGAGGCUAGUGCCAAAACGCUUUACGAUGUUUCGGAAGCAGAAGAGCAAUACCCAGCUCAGUACCAACCACAGACUCCCUCGCCUAUCAGCACCCUGAGCCACAGAACUGCCUCCGUUAGCCGAACAGAAGAUGAUGCCCCUACCUUCCAGUCAGAGCCUCCUCAGCGGAGUAGCUCCUCUCAAGGCUCCCUCAUGGAGCAGAUCAGUAGCGUGGUUACUCGCUUUACAGCCAAUAUCAGCGAGCUGAACUCUAUGAUGCUUUCAACAGCCAGUCCAGGGACAAUGGUGGCCACUCCUCUCUGCUCUUCAUACCUGAUUCCACGGGAAAUCCAGCUCCCUACGACAAUGACCACAUUUGCAGAGAUCCAACCACUUCCUGCCAUUGAAGUUAACGGUGCUUCGCAGUCAGCUAGGAAACCUUCAAAUGGCAGCAUCAAAGAAGGCACUUCAGAGACCCCAUCAGCCAAGCAAGACCUGGAGGAGUUGGUAGCUUUAACUCCUCCUUCUCCUUUUAGAGACUCUAUCGAUUCUGGAAGUGCGUCUCCCAGCUCUCCAGUUUCUGAAUCGGCUCUCUGUAUCCCGUCCUCCCCAAAGUAUGACACACUCCUCAUCAGAGAUUAUACUCAAAGUUCUUCUUCGCUGUGAAUGUAGUUCAAGGCAACGUUGGAUCUCAACGACUACAAGCAAGUAGUGAGGGGACAGCCAGGCCUUCAAGAUCUCCAGUGUUUACGCAGAUAGAGCAAGAGGUGUUGGGUCAUCUUGUGAGAAACAGAGAGGAAGAAGAGGAAUUACUUGAGAAGUGGAAACAUCAGAUUAAUUAUGCUGUUUUAAAGACAAAAUGACUCUUGGCAGAUUAUCGUGGCCUUAAAAAAACAUGGGCUUUUCAGAAACACUGAAUCUAUUUUUGAGGGCUUAUAAGGAGUCUGUUAAAUCAGUUACAUACCAAGUGCUUUGCUUUAGUAUUACAAUGAACUGUGUGUACACUAUACGGGGCAGGGGGGGAACUAGAUUGUAAACAACUGUACAAUGGUUUGUUUGUUUACUCUGAUUCCUUACCCAGAAGUGAACCUUGAUCUUUUAUCAAGAAUAGAAGACCAAACAUUGAAUGUACAUUUUCUAACAGACUCAAAUCUGGGACCAACCUGUCAAGCUUUCUUUCUUUUUUUUUUUUUUUUUUUUUUUCUAUGAAGAUCUCGGAAAGCAGUAAUGUAUGUCCAAUAACUACCAAACUUCUUGCUGAAGCAUACUGUGUCCGUGAAACGUUCCACGUGGAUAACACUAAGCUGAGGCUUUGCAGUGAGUGACUGCAAUAUGGAGGGCUUUACAAGUGACUUCUCAACCUACACGUUUGUUUAUGAAAUUCUCUUCUCUCAGUAUCAAAUAUUCGAUUUGUUAACAUUGGAUUCACCUUCACAGCAACAAAACCCAAGGAAGACUUCCUGACUAUUUCACCAUGUUGCCAACUAAUAAUGAAGUAGCAAAAAAUAUUUUCUGGAGUACUGUUUUGUAAUUCCCUUAUCAGGGCAAGUUGUUGAGGUGAAUAUUCUCUUUCUAGCAGCACUACCAAGCUAUAUUAUAGCUGCACUCCCUACUGAAAUCCACACAUUUUUAUGGAUGUUCUUAUGCUAAGAUUACCAGUUAAAAUACUUAUUCGGGUUCCCAUAGACUCUGCUUGUAAGGAACAGGUAAACACCCUAAGGAUUUUCUCCAUGCUUUGAAUGACAGAAUUCUAGGAGACCAAGCUGGAUUAUGAUGAAUGCUAACUGUCAAUGGAAAGGUUGUCAUAACUCAUAGAUAGGGAGAAAAAACCCUGUGUCAAACUCUGCUUAGAGGUGAUUUAACCACUCUUUAGUAAGCAACAAUUUUAACCUUAUUUAGCUGCUGAUGCCUUGCAGCUAUGAACUGUGACAAAAAAAAAAAAAAAAAAGAAAAAAAAUCUUUCGAAGCAAUACAGAGUAAAGUAAAAACAGAGAAGACCUAAUGAGAUAUGAAGCAACAGAGUCUUUCUUUGUUUCUUAGCAACUCACAGAAGCAAGGGGAUUCCCCUUAUUUUUUUCCUAUACCAAGGUAGUACAGUUUAGUGCACUUCAUACUGUCACAGCACUUUUUUAAUACAGGCAGGGAAGAGUUUUAAAGUUUGAAUAGAAGCUACAUAAUUUUUGAUAGGUGUAGUUACAUAGAACUUGCAAGUCAGGCCCUAAACGCACACUGUAUUGGCUCUCUUCUUCAUGACAUAGCUGUCCUCAGGUGCCAAACUUUUAUGGGUUUGUUUUAUUUUAUUUAAGGAUAGUAUGAAAUGGUGAGCAAUGUACUUCAACUCAAAGUUGAGUUGAUGUAGCCUUAUAUAGAAGACAGCCUCAUGGAAGGGAGCCUUGAUAAGGCUGCUGUGUUUCAUUUUCAAAACACUUAGAUCUUAUUUCUUCAAAGACAAUAAAUAUUUUGUAAUCAAAGUUCAUACCCCCUUUUUCUCCCCAUAUCCAAAAUAAUAAAUAAUUGAUCAAACAAAACAAACAAAAAAGAUGAAAGCACAUUCACAUAGUUCAGCAAAGAGCAUUUUUCUAUUCCUUUGGGACAUUAGUUUCACCAUUAUGUACUGCACCCCAAUUUGCUGCUCAACAACGUUAAAAAAACAAAAGCACUAGAUGAACGAAUCCAGGCUAGCACCUCACAGAGAUACUUUAAUGACUCUACAUCCCGCACAAGACAGUGUUAUCCAAGAGCGGUCUGUGGGCAUGCUUGUUUUGCCAGGUAGAGUUGUUUACUAGCUAUGCCUAGAGCGUGUACCAGCAGGUCACAAAACAGCUCUACUCCAGAAGGCAGGUAGAUACACCAAGUCAUGACUUUAGGUCCUUGUUGCUUAUAGGUAGUUCUUGCCUCCUCACAUGACUGAUUAGUGCAGCUCUAUGGUUUCCAGACCAGAGCUUGGUUUUGCCCUCCUGGGUCACAGUACUAGCAUGUCUCAUCAUUCCUUAGCUGCCCACAUCUUUAGGAAAAGGCAUCUUUUUUCACAGGUUACAACCAACCUGCAUUUAAGGGAAGAGCACAUCCAAUUAGUCUGUGACAAACAUUCACAUUUAGGGAAUUUGGGCCACUUAAAUGUUGUUCAUGGAAGACUUAUAUAAUAAUACAUUUCCCAUCAGUGCAAUAUUGUUUUGAUAUAUACAGAGUGUACUGAGAUAGUUAAUGUGAAUUUCAAAGGGAUUCUAUAACUAUCUGUUCUCUUAUACUUUAAGUUGUUGACCAGUGUCCUUACUAAAACGUUUUCCAGCUUGAUCUCUCCCUAGCCUUUUAGGUUCCUGUUUCUGUAGUCUUUUCUUAUGUUGGUGGACACUUAAUACCAUUGUAUUCCUGCUAAAAUCUGUGGGCUUAACUGCACUGUGAAAUAAUCAACAGUGGAAAUAAGGAUUAUACAGACAAACAUAAAAAUAUUUUCUUAAAAAUGUAAUUAGUAAAAAGGAGUGAGAUAUAGAAACUAUCAAAAUAUAACUCAGCAUAAAUAUACCUCUUCUGCUCCCAAACUGUGGUUCUGUGCAAUCCUGGCCGUAGCUAUAGCUCAGAGCUUCUUGACAACUUAAAUAUGUUGCCAAGAUAAUAUAGGUGUGCAUGUGCACAUGCACACACACACAAAUGCCUCAAUCUAACAUGUGAAUACAGAUUUUCAGAGGCUAAAACUCUAGUAUUACAGAAAAGAAAUUUUAAACACUUUGCUCGCUCUCAUUUUGGCAGAAGUUGUGCAUCUUCUGUAUAUCUAUUAGCCACAGGAGAAAUUUUAAUUGCCCAAGGAACCAAGGAUGAACCUUGCUGAGAUUGCACCUCCCUGUUGCCAGUCUGUCUUUAAUGAAAGGUAGGUCAGCCUUAGUGGCCUUUAAAGAAGGCAAAAUCCAUUUUAAUUGUACAGGCUGGAAUGUGUCGAUGUCACUUUGUAUGAUAUGUUUGGAUUCCAACAAAGGGAAGAAAGGUUUUUUGGGGAAGAAGGUAACAAUUAUGUAAUGACUAUAGCAGUAAUUCAAAGGAGCCCAGUGGGAGAUUUGCAAGACUGGAAAGUCCUUUGACAGAAGCCAGUGGGUUUGACAUAAGAAAAGAGAAAAUUAUGAAUUAAGACAUUAUGAUUUCAUUAUGCUGUUUGUAUGCUAUUCUCUGUUUAGGACAUUAAGAUAUAACGGCAGGGUUUUUCAGACAUAAAAGCAAAGGUUACAAUCAUGAACACUUUCCAAUCUAGCUAAAGACUGUGCAAGUACCAACUGAAUGGCUUGUAUUUGCCUUUCAAUUUAGUACUGCUGCCAGAAAGGGAAUUAAAAGAGUUGAAACUAUUGUCAUCUUGACCACAGGGACCUCGGAAAAUCACUUGUUUCUUUUGUGCUUGAGGCCAACCCUGAAGAGUGAAGGUGUAACCACCUCUGGAAUCUGUGUUUUUGAAAUAAAGAGAAUCACUCUGGCAAGUCAGCUGGGAAGAAGCAUUAGCAAUACUGAAGAAGAACUGUACUUUUUAAUUGGCUCUGAAGAAUAAUUGCAUGACUUUGGAGAUGUGCUUCCUUGUACUUCUAUCUGAACAUUUGGUGCCUAGAACUCAUACAGAGACCUUAGACCAGAGAUUUUUAGACCAUGGUCCACAAAGCACUUGCUGAUGUUUCAUGGAAGCCUGGUUGAUCACAAAGUCCUGGCUUCUUCCAUUGAUUUCCACCUACAAAAAUGAAUUAAAAGUUAAAUGCUAAUUAAAAUUUAACUGUUAAAAGUUUUAAAAGAAAAAAAAAAUGUUAGCUUGCUUGGAUGUUUACUCAGUUCCUGUGUUUGCAAAAGGAAAACUUUGUGAUCAAAACUGUGAGAAUAAGAUCUCCAAAGACAGUAAACGGGAAGGCCAAUCCGUGAUUCAGACUCUGGUUGAUAGCGGUGCUCACCUCGGGAUGUUUUCUUUAGAAAAAUCAAGAUCAGACUGAACGACAGCAUAGCUAUGGGGUAGAAGUUCUGUAGAGGAAAGUGUGCAACUUUGCUAUUCUGCUUAAUGCAUAAUUUAUGAGAUGAGAGGGAAAAACGUGACAGCAACAGACAGCAUGCAAAAAAUGUCAGGUCCUUAGGGAAACCGGAGCACUAUGCUCAGGAUUAAUAACAUGACCGUGACCAUUCAAUUCUAUUGGAGACCAGUGUCAGGCAGGACUGACCCAAAAUAAGGACUUUGGUGCCUAAAGUUAGGAUUUCAGCAGAAUUUGAUACCUAUAUUUAAAAUCCAGUUUUAAAACCACUAUUCAACUGUCACCUUAGUCAGGCAUCUAGCAUUGUGCAUCUGCAUAUGCUCACAACUACCCUGAUCUUGACACAUCUAAGGAUCUUUGCAUCUAACUUACACUAAAAUCCAUUAGGGAUCCAGAAAACAAUGGUUCUUAGGUUAAAACCCUGUAUAUCCCAUGACUCAGUACACAGAGUGCACAGCACAUAGACCAGCAGGAUCAUACACCCUACGAAACUGAGUAGGAAUUAUCCUUUGUUUUAAGGCUAUGGGUCUGGUUGUGCCGCUGUUUUUAUAAUAGCCUUGAGGUUAGAACAGUCAGUCAGAAGGCAAGAGACCUAAAUUCAAACCCUGCCAUUGCCAGAGGUGGUGGAAAUCUUCCUCCUGGCUUGGAAGUGCUGUGAUGACUCAGUGUUGAGGUACGCUUUGUUCAUCUCACUAAGGUAACUUCACAGGACAGAAACAAAUUCAAGAGUUCCAGAGUAGAACAGGAACAGCACCCUGAUAGUACCUACUCUUGAUAUAAUUGGGGAUGGUAUAUAACCAUUUAAUAUAAAAUACAUUAAAAAUCUCUGCAGCAGGGACCAGGUGAGUAUUUUAAUGAAAAACAAGUGGAGACAUGUUUUCUGUGCAAUGUAUUGGCUCAAAAAAACCCCCUUAAAAUACUCCUCUGAAAAGUGCUUUAGUGACAGGAGGGGAGGAUGUGCCUUUCCUUACCUCUGUGUCUGCAACCAUCUUGUCUUCCAUCUGGAGUUCUCAGACCUCUCCAUGGAAAGGGAGAGUCUGAGUCUUCUUGGAUAGGUGAAGGAAUUAAACUUUGGGUUCCUACUUCUCUGAGACUGCAGAAAAAAAUGGACUCAUUUCAUUUUCCCCUGGCCAUCUUUUUCGAAGGUGAUCCAACCUUGAAACAAAAAGUAUAGCUAUGUCCAAAAAUGGGUCCCAGUUGAAAAUUAGUAUUUUCUGUGCAUUGCAUUUCCAUACUGGCUCAAGCAGAAUAAUCGCAGACAUCUCUUUCCUUGUUGUAUUGUUUAGCUGGACACCUAAUUCUUCUCACAAACCUGACAGUAUGGUUGGUCAUUUAACAAAGGCUUCUGGCCUCCACACUAGAGCCGAGUAGUAUUAAAAAAAUAGGUAUUACACUUCAUAACUUUACGUGCUGAAGUCCUUUACUGGCAUUGGCCCUGGACCUGUUGAGGUCAAUGUCUAGAUCUAGGCUAUUUGCUUUAGCAGAGAAUGAUAAAGGCAGGAUGUUCUUCCCACAUUCUUUUGAAUCAAACAGUAGACAUAUUUGAUUAGGUUCAUUCUUGAAGGAACUUGCUAGGCUUGGUGAAUAGUACCCCUCCACCAUUCUUCUUUAUCAUUGCUACUCUAGCAAGUAUCUCAAUGAGAAAAUCAGACUUUGACUAAACUUGUUAAGGGAUGUGAGACAACAGGUCCAAAAAUAAGAAAGAGGUCACAGUUUUCUGGCAGUUUCAUGAAUCGCAUAAAAGGAAGUCAAUACUCUCCUUGAACAAGAAUAUCAUUCAUCUGCGACCCAUUUCGGUGUGCACUGCACAUAUUAAAGACUUCAGUUGAAUUAUCUGAAUUCACCUUUUUUGCUAUGGUUUAUUAUUAUACCCUCUGUUCAAAUCUCUGCAAUUGCCACUUACAAUUCUAAACUGUGAAAAGGAAAAAAGAUACAGACCAGUGAAGCAUAAAGGUAAGUAAAAAAUUCAUCUAGGUGAUGAAUUGGUGUAUAUGGCUGGUUUUGUCUCGUCUGAGUAAUGACAGUACAAACAAACAAUAAUCAUUAAGUCACUCCAAUCUGCCAAAUGGGAACAAAUAUACUAUGUAUAUUACAUGUACUAAUAGGAUUAUAUGGCAGCUGCUGGUGGUAUUUGUAAUUAGAAAUCUAUAUAGAAUAUAGAUGUUUUAGAGAGACGGUGCCAAUUCUAAAAGAUUUGUGUGGGCUACAAGUGCUUGUAAUUAUUUUUUUUAAUUUGCUAAUAACUUAUGAACAACUGGUUUCAAACAUUCUGUGAGCGUUUGUUCUUUUUUAUGUUGUUGCUGCUUAUACUAUUAAAAAAUAGAGAAUGUAAAGUUAUUAUUUUGAUGUGAACUGAAAAUGAUUUUUCAUAAAAUUUAACAUUUUUAUCAGCUUUG